UAAUGAGAAGGAACACGUAGAGGAAUUUGGUCCGCGGAAACGAAAGGAUACAGGGGAUAACACGAUACCCUUAGCGCUCUCCUCUUUAUACCUUCCAGUUUCCUCUUCAAUUUCCUUAUCAAUUUUCCUCUUUUAAUCUCUCAAACCUUUACUCUUUCCGUCCCUGUGUGUUUUUGAGAGCAAUUGGUUGAUGCAAUGUCUAGUGAUGCGUCGUCGUCUGGAGUGGCUCUCGAAGGUCUCGACCAUGUAGAGGACUACAUUUGGGCAAAUGAAGGUGCAGGAUCAUUAUCUUGGGAUCGGUUUAGUCAUGUUUUUGAUCUGGUGCAAAAUGGAAACCAGGCAUUCCGAGAGAAUCAUUUUGAGGAGGCUAUCAAUUAUUAUUCAAGAGCCAACAACAUCAAACCUGGGGAUUCUGUUAUUCUUGGCAACAGGAGUGCCGCUUAUAGCAGGAUUGGCCAAUUCCUGAAACAGAGACCUGCUUCUGCUUCUGAAUAUAAACCAUUAAAUGGGCUGGAUCCUACCAUGCAUGCUGAACUUGCUCUGAAGGAUGCUGAGAAGGUGAUGAACUUCAGAAACAAUUCAGUGAAUCCAUACAUCUUAAAGGCCAAUGCUCUCAUCCUGUUGGAAAAAUAUGAAUUGGCUCGAGAUGUUGUUCUUUCAGGCCUUCAGGUUGAUCCUUUUAGCAAUCCUCUCCAGGCUUCUCUUCGGAAUUUGGAGAGAUUAGCGGCUAAUACAUUGAGGAGAAGCCUUCGUAAACCAGAACGUAGUGAUGAAUUUGAUUGUACACUUUGCCUGAAGUUACUGUAUGAACCUGUUACAACUCCUUGUGGGCAUUCUUUUUGCCGUUCAUGUUUGUUUCAGUCAAUGGAUCGCGGUAACAGAUGUCCAUUGUGUCGCAUGGUUCUGUUUAUCAGUCCAAGAACAUGUGCUAUCAGUGUGACAGUGAACAACAUCAUAGAAAAGAACUUCCCAGAGGAGUACGCUGAUAGGAAGUCUGAGCAUGAGAGUUUGACAAAUUUUGGGGUUGAUCUGAUCCCCCUUUUUGUCAUGGAUGUUGUUAUCCCAUGUCAGAAGUUUCCACUCCACAUAUUUGAACCUCGAUACAGGCUAAUGGUGAGAAGGAUAAUGGAAGGAAAUCAUCGGAUGGGAAUGGUUGUCCUUGAUUCCACUGCAGGAUCUAUUGUCGAUUUUGCUUGUGAAGUGGAGAUAACAGAGUGUGAGCCACUUCCAGAUGGACGAUUCUAUCUAGAGGUUGAAAGCCGCCGUAGAUUUCGCAUCCUUCGAUCUUGGGAUCAAGAUGGGUAUCGUGUUGCAGAGGUUGACUGGGUUCAGGAUGAUCCACCGAAAAGGAGAGCAGAAUUGCAGGAUAUUACAAAUAAUGCAGCGGAAUAUGCUGAGUCGUGGUUAAGGAGGGCAAAAGAGGCUGCAAGACAAGAUCGAAGAAGACUUGAGAAACUAUUAAAUGUAGAAGCGAUGAUGCCCACACCAUUGGAUCCUGAGCGCUUCAGUUUCUGGCUUGUAACAUUAUCAGAUAGGAAGCCUUAUGAAAAAUUGGAGCUCCUGCGCAUAAGGGAUACAGAAGAGAGAAUAAAACGAGGAUUGGUAUAUCUUAGAGCAGCAGAACAGGGCUACAGGGUACGAUAAUAAAAUUUGCAUUUGGAAAUUGAAUGCUCCAUAAGAUGCCAAAUUUUAUAAUCAAUAUUCUUUGAUCCACAUGAUUGUGGAUCCUAUUCUUUUUGUAUAAUAAAUUAGUCUUCAUGCUAGCAGCAUUCGGCAAUAUAGGAAUCAUCCAAUUUUCACAUAGCAUUAUUGACAUAAUUAAAAAAUAAUAAUAGUAAUAAUAACAUCACAGAUUCCUUCAAUUACAGUUGUGGAUCAUCAAUGUGUAAAUUCAACUAUGGAUAAAUAAAUAGUUAUUAUUGUUAUUGCUGUCAUAAA